AGUUGUCAUUUGACUGUGGUGGACUCUAAACGUAUAUACUUAUUUCUACUGUUUGUUGGGAACAAAACAAUAACAAAAAGCAAAAGACAUGAAAGAACACGAAGAACAUUAAUGUCAAGAACAAGAAGGAAGAACACAGAACAGAAAUAAUCGAAGUAGAAAAAUUAUUUAAAUAUCGGAGAAGGAAAUAGAAAACAAAGAAAAAAAAAGAGACGAGGGCGUUCUGAACACACUUGAACAGGAAUUGAACAUCACUGAACAAAAUGUGAUAAAAGAAAGUGAGCAAGUUGAACAAAAAACGGAAUAUAAAAUGGACACGAUGGAAAGCGAGUGAAAGUGAACAUAAAUGAACAAAUAUUGAACAUCAAUUGUAAACAGGCUGAACAUAAACCAUCUGAACACAAAACAAGAACAAUGAACGUGUUCACUUUUGUAUUUCUCGUCUACGUUGUUCACCAGACUUCCGCUAGACUCUUGGAGACAGCCAAUCUGACGGAAUUCAACAGUGUUAGAUACAAGGAAAACGCGAGCAUGAGCUUCAUCUUCUUCGCCACGAAGAAUCUCCACAUCAACGUGACUUUGAACGAGGUGCCUCACGUGCUGUGCCGAGUGGGAUCUCAAGCCGAAGUCGCUCUCCACAAACUGGACGACGGAUCGGGACAGUGUCGAUCGGGUGUCACCCCCUUCGUGUUUCAUGAACUGAGAUUGAAUUUACGAACCGGGGCUCACUUCUCGAUCGACGACCCGAGAGGAGAAACCGUCCUCCGUGACAUGCGGUCGCCAGUCGAUGUCGAGAUCGCGGUGGGCGAGUUUCUUCACGCCCUGGUUCCUCCCAGGGACAAGGAAGGCGCCGUCUACGUCACCAGGAAAAUGGAGGGCUGCCCCGACCAGCCAUUAGAAACCGGCCAGACAGCCGUGUCCUUCGCCCUGAUCGGCGUCGUGGCGGUCCUCGCGCUCCUGCUCGUGCUGGCGACCGUCGUGUCCUGCAUCCUGUACCUGCUGGUCCCGCCGGAAACGAUAAAGAGAGUGCUGUUUAGAUCCGGAGGCAACGAUCCCGGAUGCACCGCCCUCUCUUCCAGGAUUGGUCAGAAAGACGCGCAGGACACACCCCCGCCUCCGCCCCGACCAACCAACGCCCAGACCCCGUCCGAGACUCGCACUCCAUUGGCUAAAAUCCCUUCUGUUCCCUUGUCCCCGCCCAAGACAGCGGCGACGCCCCACCAGGACGACGCACGCCGUUCCCACCACGACGACGGAUACGACCCGCUGCACGACCCCAACUACGACUACAUAGAAGCCAACGUCGUCCGCCCCGUCGACCGCGCGAUUCUGGACCAAGAGCUGGCCGGCGCGAACCCGAAAUGGAAGCAGCCGGCGGGGGGUUUCCGGAAGAAAUCGGACCCACAGGCUACGGGUUUCCGGAAGAAAUCGGACCCACAGGCUACGGGUUUCCGGAAGUUAUCGGACCCGCCAGCCCUUAAGCCGGCCGCCGCCACCCCCGCCCACUACCAGCCAUUCGAGGACGACGAAUACAUCAACCUCGGGUCCGGGUUUCCUCCUCUUCAGCAGCACGGCCGCGGGUUCGACCCCAGAGGGUACCCCGCCCACUACUAGGACCCAGUGCCAGAGGACCAAAGAGGGCCAAGCGCCGGGGAUUCCGCUUCACAUGUCGCGGAGGAAUCUCUUGACGGGCGUCGAUCGGGAUUCGGGAUCGGCGCCUCGCGAAGGAGCAGGGGAAAAUGCGUCGGCCGUUGCGGGGUCGCAGCGAAGGGCGUCUUCGACCAGAAUAGGAUGUGUUGCGUGAAAAGAUAAGAUAGGCCUAUUUUCAACAUACUCAACGUGUACUUGGUUUUAUUUUGGUAUUUGCAUACACUUUCAUGAAACAAAACAGAUGUAGGCACACACACACACGCACAUAUAUGCAUACAUAUAUAUACAAACGCACGCAUGCUCACGCACAAACACAAAAAAUGUACAAGCUAGAUAGUUUCGUGUAUAGUACAUAAUAUUCAUUCAAGGCUCACGCGCUAUAUAAUUUCCUAAGUGUUCACCGGAAAAGUAUUUACAAACUGUCUUUCCUUUAGUGGCAAGUAAUCAAUUUAAUUAAUUAAUGCCCACGUGUUCCCCCAGUUUAGACUAUAUUUAAACAGCUAUUACACUAUUACCAGUACCCCACGCCAGUUCACAUUAUCUACUUGUUUUCACAAAUCUAACACUGUUAACGUAUUACACAUUCUGUAUUGAAUGACACAUAACACCAUGAACACUCACUUUUCAACACGUGUAUAAUUUGCCAUACUAUGAUAUACUAGCUUCGACCUACGGCUUCUCCAACUGGCAGUAACCGGACACCCAACCUUAACUAGAUAGCUACGCCUCCCAGUUGAUUUUCAGACUGCCCUUCAUUUGAUCUUCGUAAGAACUGGAGGUAAUGCUGAUGUGCUUUUCUCCGCUAAUAAGACCAAGGAAGAUUGUCUGCUAUACCUUAAUCAGUCGGGCAUUGCGAGGCCUACACACAACACGACCCGUUUCUACUACAUUUCGGCCAAGCUUGCAAUGGUAGCGUAUUUAUCUGCCUCCUUCCCCUGCUUCCGAAGUUGCCAUCAAGACGACAAAUCGCAGAUAGCAGGCAAAAUUCAAAACAGGAAUACAGUCAAGUGCACACAUACAAAAAAGAAAAAUUAUGGAAGCAGCAUACAUCGCAACGUAGAAUAAUGUCAACACAGCAUCAGGCAGAUUCGAACUAUCCAAGGUCACGGCUACAGUUAUACGAACAACGAGUGGGAGGUCAAAGUCGUCAGGUGUUUCGUCAGCUCACGUCUGAUGUACAUUUACAAUGUAAUUUCUUCAAUGUAUGUAUUUCAGACGAAGACACAAUCGAAACCGGUAAAAUACAUCUUUUUUAUUGUGAAGA